GAGAGAGCGCCGACACGCCUCCUUUGGACGGGCUCCACGAGGUGGACAAUAAGGCACGCGGGCGACCGUUGCUGUCACGUGUUCGCCCCAGCGUUCCUUUCUCCGCCCCCGCCCACCACCCGCUGUCUUCUAGCUCCAAGGCGACUGAGACGCAGUGCGGCUGAGGGAAGCGCCAUGGGAGAAGGCGGCGAGCUGCCGGACUUCGAGGGGCUCGUGCUGGAUCUGGGGCAGGAGAAGCAGAUGAAAGAAGUGCUAGAACUCUCAGUAUUCGAAAUGAAAAACACAGUAGCAGAACUGGAGAAAAGACUUAACAGUGUUGAGGAUGAAGACAAUGAAUGGAAAACCAGAUAUGAAACCCAAAUAGAAUUGAACAGACAGUUAGAAAGGCAAAUUGGCCUUCUCCAGGGAAAAAUGGAGCAAGUUCAUGAAAGCCCAACAGACAGAUUGGCAUCUGUUCGCUCCUUUGAUCAAAUGCAUGUGGAUUCUUUAAAUCAAUUUCUUAAACAACUGGGAGAAGAGAAGAAAAGUCUGCAGAACCAACUGAAAGAUUACGAGCUUCGACUGGAACAAGAAGCAAAGGCUUACCAUAAAGCUAAUGAUGAACGUCGUGCAUACUUAGCCGUGAUUUCACAAAUUUCAGGAUCACUGAAACCCUCAGAGAGGCAGAAAAUGGAUGCAGUAGAAAUGAAGAGGGAAGACCAGCUUAUGCGAGGAAAGUGCAAUAUUCCAAGAAAUCAACGAAUAUUGGACCCAAAGAAAGGACCAAUUAAAAAGACUGCAGGAGUCAAGCAUCUUCCGAAACUGAAGCUCUGAUUUCUUAUUCCUGGGUCUUUUAGUCAUUUGUUCUUCCUUUCCCCCAGUAGGAAUUGUAGUGAAGUGCAAAGUAUUAUUUUGAUACAGAUUAUAUUAAAAGUAACCCUCCUCUUCCUAAUCAUGUUUAGGAGCAAGCAAGCCUGAUUGACUCUAGUAGAUUUGCAUAUAAGGAAAUGUCUGCACCACCUGUUUAGUGCAUGGCAUAUUAAUCAAUGUAAUGAAAAACCUGGUGAAGUCUGCAGCUUGUUGUGGGAUCUCUUCCUCAUUGUCCUUCACUUCCAGGGGUGGUUCCAGAUAUGUGUAAUUUAGCAGCAGUUAAUUGUUGCUCUUCCACUGCAAGGUGAAUAAGCAGUGUAUCAUGUCAGGUGGGUGAGCAUGGUUUCCACAAAAUUACCUCAGUGGCCAAAUGGGGAGGCUUAGCAGGCCAGAAGGUCCCACCUCUGCUCUAGUACAAGUCUAUGAUUCUAUAGCAUGUGCAGUGAAGGGGCAAAGCACAGAACAGGUUGACUGCAGGCAGAAGUUUAAAGGCCUCAGUUUACCUCCAGCCCUCACAGGAGCAAGCUGCUCCCAACAAAUUCUCCUUGGUGCUGCAACAAGCAACCUUUCUUUCUCACAUGGGUUCCUCCUUGGGAUCAGAACAGGACAAAGCUUUAAUCAGGAAAACAGAGGAGAAGGAUGAUUUGCUCACAACAACAUGCACUUAAAAUAUAGCCUAUGAUUAAAAUACUGAUAACUUUCCCGCAAUUUGGAACAAGCAUUAUAGAAUGGCCUCUAGCAUUGUUUUGCUGCCACUGCUCAGGUGUAACGGAUGACGGCAGUGAAGAUAAUCUUUCUUCUGAAUAGCAUCCUGCUGAGGUUUCCCAGCUGGUUCAGAGACUAAUAAGAAUGGUGACUCAUCUGUUCUGUUCAGUGACAGUUUUGCUCUAUUCUUUCCUCAGCAUCGUCAGACCCAUUGGUCCAUCUAGCUCGGCAUUUUCUAUUCUAGCAGUGACUCUCGCCAGAAUUUCAGGCAAGGCUGUUUUCCAGCCUUAACUCAAGAUACCAGGAAUUGAACCUGCAACUUUCUGCAUGCAGAGCAUGUGUUCUUUCCACUGAGUUACAGCUGAUAGAUGGUGUGAAGAUAAAUUCAUGUGCUUUAGAUCCUUGCCCAUUGUGGCUGUGAAGCCCAAUCAAGAGGAGCUUGUUAUAAUGCCUCAUUGGAAAAAGAUAAAUCCUGCCUGUUUAAAAAGAAAUGAACUUGCCCCCUUCUUAAAAAAUGAAAAGAAAGGCAUAUUUGAACGAGGAGGAACUAGCCUGUUGUAGGCAGUAGCACAACUUUCCUUUUUUGAGAAAGUUGGUGGACUGGGUAGUAGAGCAACCCCAGAGUUUCUUGGAGUUUCACACUUUUAAAUUUGCUUUUGGGGACAUGUUUUAGAAAGAAAUGCAGCCAUGGUGAAUAAUCUGAUUCUGGGGAUGGACAGAGUACAGACUUCCCUUCUUAUCUUGUUGGAUAACUUAGUGAUUUUUGAAACUGUGGAACACAUCUUUUCCCUGAACUAUUUAGAACAUCAGGUAAGACUUACUUUCUUGUAGUUCUAUUUCCUUUUCUCCAUUCUCACUUGAAGAGUAGCCCCCGGGGAAGUGAGGCCUUCCUUGUUUGUACUGGGCUUUGAUGUUCUGCAAAGCUCAGUGUUUUCACUGAUGAUGCUUAAUAAAUGUAUGAAACUGCUGAGAGAGAUAA